AGGUUACCGGCUGCCUGCGGUCCCGGCAGCCUAUAAAAGCGCCGGGUGAGCCGCUGGCGUCGCAGUAGAGCAGCUGACAGAGCUCCACCUGAACGCAUCCACUGCUCCAGGACGCUGUCUUCCACGGACGCCGACGCAACAUGGCUCUGAGCACGCUGCUAGCCACAAUCCUGUGCACAAUCGUGCUUCCCAUCCUGCUGUUCUUGGUGGCCGUGAAGUUGUGGGAAGUUUACAUGAUCCGAGGCAGAGACCCGAGCUGCCGCAGCCCGCUGCCCCCCGGUUCCAUGGGCUUACCUUUCAUUGGAGAGACGCUGCAGCUCCUCCUCCAGAGGAGAAAGUUUCUGCGGAUGAAGCGACAGAAGUACGGUUACAUCUACCGCACGCACCUCUUCGGGAAUCCCACAGUGCGCGUGACCGGCGCGGAAAACGUUCGGCAGAUUCUGCUCGGGGAACACAGGCUGGUGUCCGUGCAGUGGCCCGCCUCUGUGCGCAUCAUCUUGGGCUCGGACACGCUCUCGAACGUCCACGGAGCCCAACACAAGACCAAGAAAAAGGCCAUCAUGCGGGCUUUCUCCAGGGAGGCUCUGGAGCUCUACAUCCCAGUCAUCCAGGAAGAAGUGAGGGCUGCAGUGAAAGAGUGGCAAGAAAAGGACUCCUGCGUACUGGUCUACCCAGAGAUGAAGCGGCUGAUGUUCCGCAUAGCCAUGAGGAUUCUGCUUGGCUUUGAGCCAGAGCAGAUCAAGACUGACGAGCAGCAGCUGGUGGAAGCUUUUGAGGAAAUGAUCAAGAAUCUGUUUUCUCUGCCCAUCGAUGUUCCUUUCAGUGGACUGUACAGAGGUCUGAAAGCAAGGAAUUUCAUUCACUCCAAAAUAGAGGAGAACAUCAGGAAGAAGGUGGAAGAUUCAACCAAGGAAUGGAAACACAGAGAUGCCUUGCAGCAGCUUAUAGACAGCAGCAAGAAGAACGGAGAACCCUUCAGCAUGCAGGCUAUCAAGGAGUCUGCUACAGAGCUGUUGUUUGGGGGUCAUGAGACCACCGCCAGCACAGCUACCUCUCUGGUCAUGUUCCUGGGCCUAAACCCUGAAGUAGUGGAUAAACUGAGACAGGAACUGAUGGAAAAGGAGGAGCAGGGGAUGGACCUCCAGAGUCUGAACAUUGAGUCCAUGGAACAGUUGAAGUACACAGGCUGUGUCAUUAAAGAGACAUUAAGGAUCAACCCUCCUGUCCCUGGAGGCUUCAGAGUGGCUCUCAAGACUUUCGAACUCAGUGGUUACCAGAUUCCCAAGGGCUGGAAUGUCAUCUACAGUAUCUGUGACACCCAUGAUGUGGCUGAGAUCUUUCCUAACAAAGAAGACUUUCAGCCGGAGCGCUUCCUCAACAAAUCCUCCACAGACUCCUCCAGGUUCCAGUACAUUCCGUUUGGUGGUGGCUCUAGGAUGUGUGUGGGGAAGGAAUUUGCCAAGGUUCUUCUGAAGAUCUUCCUAGUUGAGGUGGUCACAAAGUGCCACUGGACUCUUUUAAAUGGGCCGCCAACCAUGAAAACAGGACCUACUGUGUAUCCUGUGGACAAAUUGCCAACCAAGUUCACCAGCUAUAAACAAAAUUAAAUUGGGUGCUUUAGGAGGUUCUGGUUUUUGGUUGCUCUUAUGAAACUAAUUAUAGGCCAUGUCAUUUACCCAUGAACAGGAAAUGACAGUAUGUUCUUCUUUGGACUCAUGAAUUGUACAUAUUGUAGAUUAGUUAAGAAUGUAUUUUAAAUUUUCUGUGAAUACAAUAGAUUUGUACUGUAUAUAACAUUUCUAUUUUGAGAUAUGAACAAAAUAAAUGAGAGGCACUAUACACUUGGAACACUUCAUAAGCUCAGAG